AUGGACCAUGGCCUGCAAAGCUCAACCGCUCGUCUGGCUCACUAUCGCCACUCAACGAAAUCAGAUACAACUCAGUUGGCCCCGCCAUCCGAUAUAGAGCUGCAGCACAUCAUUGCCAACCAAAACCAUGAACCAAAUCUCACAGAUGACGGGCCCGCUGGCGCCCGUGAGUUUUCUCUGCCCCCGGUAGAUACAGGCAAAGAUGCUUGGCUUUUGCUUAUGGGUGCCUUUGUGCUUGAAAUUGUAGUAUGGGGAUCUGCGUUUUCAGUCGGUGUCUUGCAGGACUACUAUACGUCGACCGAGCCAUUCUCCCAUGAUAAAUCUACCGUCUCUUUGGUAGGGUCGUGCUGUAUGGGCGUCCUUUACCUUGCUUCGCCAAUCACUUUGUUUUUACUUCAGCGAUGGCCACACAUCUUUCGCAUCAACAUUCUGCUGGGACUCGGAGUUGCUGUGAUUGGCACACUUGCUUCCUCCUUUGCCACAAAGGUAUGGCACCUGAUCUUGACGCAGGGCAUCGUAUACCCGAUCGGUGCCUCUAUGCUAUACUAUCCGGUCCUGAUUUUCAUCGAUGAAUGGUUCGUCCGGAGGAAAGGACUUGCAUACGGGGUAGCCUGGGCCGGGAGCGGUGUCGCUGGAACAGUGUUCCCACUCCUGCUUCGCUGGGCGCUCUCGCGAUUUUCCUUCAAGGUCACCAUGUGGGCCUGGUCGGUCGGAAUGAUCAUUUUAGUGUGUCCAUUCUUGCCAUUCGUGAAGCCGCGGACUCCGAUCGGCGUCGACGUUGCCCCGAGACCUCAGAAUCUGAGCUUCAAAUUCCUUCGGUCGCCAGCGUUCAUCAUUUUUCAACUCGGAAGUUUGCUGCAGAGCAUAGGUUAUUUUGCGCCUUCCCUCUACUUGCCAACAUAUUCCCGGACAGUGGUGGGAGCCAGCGACGUCGGGAUCACAGCUCCAUUGACAUCCCUGAAUGCAGGCACGGUGAUUGGAUUUGUGCUGGUGGGUUACUGGACUGACCAUUGGCACGCUGCGAACGUAAUAUUUGUCACUACGAUAUGCACUGUUGUGGGGGUAUUCGUGAUAUGGGGCCUAUCCACGUCUUUGCCACCAUUGUGUGUCUUUGCCGUUCUGUACGGGAUCGUGGCUGGCAGUGCUAGUGCAACAUGGCCUGGUAUCAUCAAGGUGGUCAGGAACGCCGACGAAACCGCCCCAGGUGGGCUUCUACUCGGAAUCUUAACGGCUAGUCGGGGUGUUGGCUCCAUUGUAUGCGGUCCGAUCAGCGCGGCUUUGAUCGACACAAAGUGGCCCUGGGCCGGUAGCCCUGCUGGUAUGGGCUAUGGAACGAACUUCGGGGGUCUCAUCGUUUUCACCGGAGUUACGGCAUCCUUCGGAGCGCUGGGCUUUGCCGGACGGAAAUUCGGGCUGUUUAAUUGA